UUUUCUAGUACUAUCUCCCAUCGCUUUCUCUCUCAUUUUCCACAUUUUUUUAAUGAAAGAACAGAAGCUCUCCUCUAACAAAAUGCAAAAUCCGUUUCAAAAGCGAUUCCAAAAACCCUCCCUUUUAAUCCCCUCUCAUUCCCUCUCUCUCUCUCCAAAACGGCAAAAUCCUUUCUCUCCUCUCUUUCUCCGGCAAUUCUCGCCACUUUCCGACAGAAUCGCUUACUCCCGACGGCCUUCUCUCGCCGGAAUCUGAUAAUCCGACGCCAUGGACGACGAUUUCUCGCUCUCCGUCGUAACAGGGCUGAAGAUUGCGAAGCGUAUCUACUACGGCAAGGAGCAGCAAGUAUCGGCGCCGGAACCGGCUCCCGUCAUGGAGAAAUCCCCGUCGGUUCGGCCGGGGCACGGCCCGACGGCGCCGAUGGUCUACGCCGUGAUCUUCGACCCGUCGAUUGUCGACAAUCCCGAGAUUCCGACCUACCAGCCGCACGUGCAUGGGUUGUGCGACCCGCCGGCGCUGAUUCCGCUCCACAUGAAUGAGAUUGGGAUGGAUGUGGAUUGCUAUCUUGACACGGCGUUCGUCUCGGUGAGUGGGUCAUGGCGUGUGCAUUGCGUGAUGGCGAGCUGCAGCUGCGAUUGCCGGGUCGUGGUCCCGAUGGGCGAGCAGGGUUCGAUUCUAGGUGUGGAGAUCAAUGUAGCUGGAAGAUCAUACUCCACUCAACUUAUGCAGAUGGAAGAAACACAGGGCAUGGCAAAAAUGACAAAGAACGAACAUGGGGGCUUUUUGAAACCACAAAUCUUCUCUUUAAUGAUACCCAAGGUUGAUGGAGGAUCUAUUCUUUCAAUUAAAGUCAGUUGGUUUCAGCAAUUAUUGUGUAUUGAUGGUCAGUUCACCCUCAGUGUACCUUUUGUCUUUCCUGAAUACGUUACUGCACCUGGAAAGAAAUUGAGAAGGGAAAGGAUACAGUUGAAUGUGAACACUGGUAUUGAGAAGGAAGUUGUGUGCAAGACAACUAGCCAUCCUUUGAAGCAAAUAAGACGCCAGAUGGGGAAAUUAGGUUUCCUCUAUGAAAGAGAUGUGUAUGCAUGGUCUCGUGCUGAUUUCUGUUUUUCAUAUAUGAUUUCUUCAAAUGACAUAUUUGGUGGCUUGCUUUUGCAAUCUCCAUCCAUGCAUGACUUUGAUCAAAGAGAAAUAUUUUGCCUCUACCUCUUUCCUGGAAAAAUCCAGAGUACAAAGGUUUUCAGAAAGGAAGUAGUUUUUCUUGUUGAUAUCAGUGAAAGCAUGAGGGGAUGGCCACUUGAGAAUGCCAAGAAUGCAUUAGCAGCAGCUCUGUCCAAACUCACUCCAGCAGAUUCAUUCAGUAUUAUAGCUUUUAAUGAAGCGACACACUUAUUCUCAUCAUCAUUGGUGUUAGCAAAGGAGGAAAGAGUAGAAAAUGCUACCAAAUGGAUAAGUGAAAAUUGUAUUGCACGGGGUGGGACAAACAUUCACUCCCCUCUAAGUGUGGCAAUGGAGAUGUUGGCCAGCAGUCAUGAUUCGAUUGGUCAAAUUUUUCUCAUCACUGAUGGAGCUGUUGAAGAUGAACGAAGCAUUUGCCACUAUGUGAAAACUCAUAUUACGAGUGGAGGAUCCACGUCUCCUCGCAUUUCCACUUUUGGUAUAGGUUCAUAUUGUAAUCAUUAUUUUUUGCGAAUGUUGGCAAUGAUCGGUAGGGGGCACUAUGAUGCUGCAUAUGAUGCAGAUUCAAUUGACUUCCGAAUGCAAAGAUUGUUCACAACAGCUUCAUCUCCCAUACUCGCAAAUAUAGCCAUUGACAUUUUUUAUCAUCUUGAUGCUUGCGAGGUGUAUCCCUUCCCUAUUCCAGAUCUUGUAUCGGAAUGCCCUUUGAUAUUAUCAGGCAGAUACCAAGGGAACUUUCCAGAUUCUGUUAAAGCCAAAGGUGUAUUGGCUGACAUGACUAGUAUGGCAAUAGACUUGAAAUUGCAAAAAGCAAAGGACAUACCUCUUGAUAAAAUAUUCAUAAAACGGCGGAUAGAUGUCCUCACAGCCCAGGCAUGGUUUACCGAGAGCAAAGAGCUUGAAGAGAAGGUCACAAAAAUAAGCAUGCAAUCUGGUGUUAUAUCCGAGUAUACUCGUAUGGUCUUGCUUCAGACUGUCGGGCAAAAGCUCGCCUUCGAAUCUGCCCGAAAGAAAAAGGCAAUAAGGCUCCUAUCCAAGAAGUAUGCGGACUCUGAAGACGAGAGAAUAACGCUUCUGAGCAGCUUAACCCCUGGCUUUGGCAAUAUAAUCGCAACCAUGGAAAACAAUCCCACUGGGUUUGUAGAAAGGAGUGUGCCUGCGUCCAUCGAGAUCUUAAACAAGGCAUCUGACUGCUGCACUAGAGCCUGCUACUUCUGCUGUUGUCCAUGUUUCAUCCACACAUGUUCUCGGUUGAACAAUGACUGUGCGAUUGUCACAACCCAACUCUGCUCAGCCCUUUCGUGUUUCGGCUUACUUGAGUGUUGUAUAGAACUAUGUAACGACUGAACCUUCUGUAAGUUAAACAGCAGUAUCAUUUCCAUUUUCUUUCGUUUGAAUAUUAGAGUGCAGAGAAAAAAAAUCAAAGAAACCUUCAUGAA